CUCGCUUCUCGGACAUUGGCAGCGAUGGCAUCGUCAAUGGUAGUGGAUUUCUAAACCAAUAACGCAGGAAUCAAUACUCGUUGCCAAACUUAAUACUUUAAACUCCUGUUUUCAAUAUUUACUGGUUUUAAAUUCAACUCUUAAACUCCUGGCUUCAAAUCAAAAAAAAUCACAAUGGGUAGAGUCAUGUGCGUUUGCAAUUGCAAAGAGGAGCAGGAGGCUCAGGAAUACAAGAAUCGGGUGUUUGAGAUUCUCGUGAUGGAAAAGGCGGAGGAAGUGAAGAAGUUGAGCGGGGUCGUUGCGGAGAAGGACCAGAAGAUUCUCGCGUUGCAGAAAAUCGUAAAACUCCAGCAGCAGGAAAUCGAUGAGGCGAAGAAAAAACUAGUCGCGGAACAACAAUUCGAAGAGAAAACCCAAGAGCGGAAGGCAGAGACGAUGGCUCAACAGAAGGCGCCGACGAAAAUCGUGGAAAUCGUGGCGGAAAAGGAGGCUCCCUUGUCGGAUGCGGAGACGGAAGCAAGUGUUACCGACACCAUUGUGAUCCCAACCCCAGCAACUCCAGGAAAGGGCAAGGGGCCGACCGUUGGAAAAGGCAAAGGCAAGGGUCCGACCGUUGGAAAAGGCAAAGGCAAGGGCCCUACACCAUCCACCACGAAGGGCAAAGGCAAGGGGGCAAAAGGAACCGCUAAGACGACCGCCGGGGAGCAGGAGGGUGGAGCUGAGCGGAAAAAGGGACAAUACUUCAGGCAGCCCAAGAUUAUUGUGGACACCCCUGUGAAGAGUCUGAAAUGGGAGGCGCGGCGUGUUCCGGAGGACAGCGCAACCGACAACAUCUGGUUAUCCCUGCGCAACGACCACCCGGAAGCAUCCUUUGUGCUUGCAAUUCAGAGUAGCUUUGCCGCUCGAGCGCCUGCGGUCAAGCCCGUCACGAACAAGUGCGUAUCGAAAAAGAAGGGACCCGAAAUUUUGUCGGCCGCACAGCUGCAGGAAGUCGGCUGCAUGCUCGCGAAACUGCCCGAGCCCGCGCAACUCAGCACCUGCUUUCGAGAUUUCUCGGGCCUGACGGGGGAACAGCUGGGCCGGCUCGUGAACGCCUUUCCACAAGCCGACAUCAUGAAAAAAGUCAACGAGGCGCUUGAGACCCACGGCAUGGCGGCCCUGCGCAAGGAGGAGCAAUGGGUGGCAGAGGCAUUCGCGGCCGUGAAGGAUCUUCAUUUGAAGGGAAAAGUUUGGUUCGCAGUGGAGGAGUUUUCGCACGAGAUGGACUGGGUGGCGAUGAAGGUCCGGGUUUUGGUGGACGGCUGCGAUUUCCUGCGGAACGACGAAACCGUCCGCGCCGUGCUGGGAAGUGUGGUCAGCGUCGGAAAUGUGCUUAACGCGGGAGAUGCAGCGGGGGAGCGAGCGGACGGCUUUGGCCUUGGGCUGUUGCAGAGCGGACUGUUGACGUCCGUGAAGGCAACGGAGGGGGGCACGAAUGGGGUGCGCCACGUGCUGGAUUUCGCGGUAAGCAGCGUCGGGCCCGGACGUGUGGCGGAGGUGGCAGAGAAGAGUCAGCAAUUGCUGCGGGCGGCGGCUAAGCUGGAACUCAAGGAUGUGGAGCUGGAGUUAGAUAAGCUGGGCACCAAAAACAGAAACAUUGCGAAGCAAGGAAAGGAGCUGGCCGCCAUGGCGCAGGACAUCGCGCUGCAGAGAAAGUGCGAAGAGUUGGAGACAAAAAAUCUAGAGGUUGAGAAGUUGCGGGAGUCUUUUAAUGAAGCAAAGAAGGCGUUCUCGGCACUACGGGAAUACUACGCAGAUGACAGAUACCAUGAUGUUGCGGAUUUCUUCGGUGUUUUCCAGAAAUUUUUCCACGAGCAAGCUGGUCCUAGCGCAAAGUAUCUUGCCACGGCGAGGAAAAAUGCAGCUUCCACCAAGAGAUCUGUCCAAAGCCGCGCAGCAAAAGUACAGUAGGGCACUCACCAUGUAACGUUUUUUUUCAAAUUCAACCACAACAUGGUUUAAUCGCAUUUCCGAUGGAUUACGCAAGUAGCUCAAGUCCAAGAACUCUAUUUUCGAAAAAGUACACAAUACUUCACAGUUCAUGUCCCUCUACCCGCACAUCACUGUAUCACUUUUAACAUGCGACUCUGUACCAAGUGUUUUUUUCUCGACAUAUCAGAUGAAACAAUUUUCCAAGGUGCGCUACCCGUUUCAGAUUUCCACGGAUUUUUCAUGCUACACACUCGCACAAGAACUACUGAUGUGCAUUUAUUUCUCAUUUUUCAAUGAAAGUAUGGUUUUGGGGUUAUUUUCAAUUUCAGUCUCAGCAAGUUAUGUUUCCGUUUGACACGGAAGUGCAGUGUUUCGUUUCCCGCAUGCAAACUCAGCUCUCACAAGCCAUGUAA